AUUAAAUUUUUAUUUUUUUAAUUGAUCCAAUAAUAAAAAAAGUUGUCUCUUUCAUGCCUGGUCAAGAAAAUUUAAUAUUAUGUAGCAGUUGAAGAAAUCGCCCUGCUUCGCUUCUUCUCUGCUCCUUCCUCGUAUAAUUAAUGCCCAUAGAAUCAACGACCUUCAACUCCAAACUCACCUUCUUCCCUUCCAUUUGCAACGCUGAAAUGGGCAUCUCAUUCGGCAAGCAUAGAAGCCACCACCACCUUCAUCACCACCCCGAUCGAAACCACCACCCAUCUUUCCCUUCCACUUCAACCACUGCUCCAAAUCACCAACUUCUUUCUCCUACUACAACAAGUGCUGUCGUCGCCAAUACCAAUUCUGAUCAUAUUACCCAGAACAACCCAGUACCCUUCUCUUCUAAUUCUUUAACCAACACCGUACUACCAUCUCCAGUUCCGCCACCCAGUUACGCUUUUGCAGCCCAUGCACCUUACCUUCCUUCACCAUCGCCUCCUCCAACCACAUUUCCCUCCUCUUCCUUCAAUUCGCAAAAUUACUUUAUGCCUCGUCCUGAUUCUUUUAGUACUUUGACUAGUGGAAGGGUCCUGCAUCGUUAUGCUUCUUCUGGUCCACCAGUGGCACUGCCUCCUCGUUCACAGGCGCCGCCGCCACCUUAUGUUGAUCAUAACCACGCGAAGAAGAUCAAGAAUGAUGUGAAUGUGCAUAAGGAUAAUAUAACGCUCGUGGUUGAUGAGAAGAAUUUGGAUUCUCAUUUGGUUUCCUUCACUUUUGAUGCAAUUGUUGAUGGCAGCAUCACUAUAUCUUACUUUGCCAAGGAAGAAGUGAACUGUAGAUUUGUGCCAUUGUACCCCGAAAUCUAUAUGCCAAGGAGAAUUCCCUUCAAGAAAGGACUGGGCCAAAAAUUCUGUCAGCCAUCAGGCACUGGAAUUGACUUGGGCUUCUUUGAGUUGGAUCAGCUAUCAAAGCCCACACUAGAGGAAGAUAUGUUCCCCCUUGUGAUCUGUGCAGAAGCAAGCCUGCCUUCUCUCUUUGCAGCUGCAGAGGCUGAUCAGCCUCUGCCAACCAUGUCUCCUCAUGCGCAGAUUAGUCAAGCUGUCUUGGACAAGAAUAAUGAGGGCCAUUUUCAGGUGAAAAUAGUGAAGCAAGUAUUGUGGAUUGAGGGGGUUCGCUAUGAACUGCGUGAGAUUUAUGGCUUUGGCAAUUCUUUUGUGUCAGACUUUGAUGAUAGGGAAACAGGGAAAGAAUGUGUCAUUUGCAUGACUGAGCCAAAGGAUACAGCUGUUUUGCCUUGUCGACAUAUGUGUUUGUGCAGUGAGUGUGCAAAAGAGUUGAGACUUCAAGCUAAUAACUGCCCAAUAUGCCGCCAACCCAUCCAGGAACUUAUGGAGAUCAAGAUUAAUUGAGAUCAUCCUCCCACAUCAGAGAGGCAAACUUCUUUCCUUACCAAGAACUCCACAGGAGUACUGGAAACAGAUUGUUCAAAAACUUUUGAAGCCCAGAUUCUUAUUUGGUAGGUUGAUUAUACACAGAAGGUUCAUUUUUUGUUUAUAAACAUAAGGUUGAUAUAGUUCUUUCUUGAUAUAUUUAUAAAUCUGAUAUAGAAAAUUUUCCGUUACAGAAAAGAGCAUAGUUUUUCUUUUCCUUUUCUAUAGAGAUUGUAUAAAAUAUUAUAAGAAACAUUGAAACUUUAUUGACAAUUCGCUAUUGCGAAUGUCAUUGUACAAAAAGCCACUUGUAUGGUUCCAUA